CAGUCGGCUCAACAUUUACCUGACCUUCAUCUCCAUCUUGUUUCUCACGCUCCAAUGCACGCACAUGUCCCUCGAGGAGCCGAAGUGGGCGCUCCAAAGGGGCGCGGGCGGCCAGCAGGAGCGAGAGCGCAAGAGGCUGCUGACGGACCCGGGCGCCAACGUCGGGGCAGGCUCCAAGGCACAGCUGCUCGAGGGGGUGAUCAAGGUGCUGGCGGCCUUGGCGCUGACGCAAGCCGCGGAGCUCCGCGAUCUGACCGCAGCCGUGUACCUCACCUGCCUCAUCCCCGCCGCCGCGUCGAUCGCGAAGGCGAUGAAGGAGGCGGGCCGCGACCACGCACAGGCCAAGCGCAGCAAUGAAGGAUUGCCUGAGAAGAGCCACACGGUCAUCGAGAGUUUCUGGAAGGAGCAGGUCCUCCAGCGGGACCUCCAGGACUUGGCCGAGCAGAUUCGUCAUUGUCGUAUCAAGGAUACCCGCAAGAGGGAGAAUCAGGCGGAGGUGGCGCGCAUCACGACUUGCGUCAGUGCCCAGUGGACGGAAUUGCAGGAGGCGGCCGUGGAGGCGCUGAAGACGGAGCAGGGCAUCCUGAAG